AUGUCCAGGAAGUCAAAAAUUGGGUCUGACGGUGCAGCAGUGGAACCACCAGAGGUCAGGACGAGAGUCAAAAAACCCAACCGCCAACCAUCUGAAGAAACAGGUCUGUGUGUUCAGUGCACGGAAGAUAUCAGCCAAUCCAUGGCUGUGGCGCAUCCAAGAAGACCGCAUGCUUAUUAG